AUGCAGCCGGCCAAGCCAGGCGUCCCGCUGCCCGCACUUCUGCUGCUCGCACUGGCUCUGUCCUCGCCUGGGACCGAGGGACGGCUCCGGGGACGCCGGGCGGGACGCAGCCCGGAGCCCAAGACUUGGCUGUUCCUCCCCGCGGCCGGGAUGCGCCCGGCACCUCGAGCCGCCCGGAGCAUAGAUAUAUUUCCAAGAGACUUGACCUUGAAAGAUAAAUUCAUAAAGCAUUUUACAGGGCCAGUCACAUUUUCAGCAGAAUGUAGCAAACAUUUCUAUCGACUCUACCAUAAUACCAGGGAUUGCUCAACACCAGCUUAUUAUAAAAGAUGCGCUAGAUUGCUAACAAGACUGGCAGUGAGUCCACUAUGCUCACAGACCUAGGAAACCCAUCCC